GACGCCGUGCUGGUGUGCAGCGGGCACCACACCGAUGCACAUCUCCCACUGAACACCUUCCCAGGAAUCGAGAAGUUCAACGGCCGCUACCUCCACAGCCGAGACUACAAGGACCCUCAGGAUUUCAGGGACAAGAGGGUCGUUGUUAUCGGGAUUGGGAAUUCAGGGUCAGACCUGGCUGUGGAGAUCAGCCAAACGGCCAAGCAGGUCUUCCUCAGCACCCGCCGGGGUGCAUGGAUCCUCAACCGCGUUGGAGAUCAGGGCUACCCCAUCGACACCAUCUUAACCACCCGCAUGAAGGUAUUCCUGCAGGAGCUGCUCAGCCCGUCCCUGGCGUGUGACUACAUGGAGAAUAAGCUGAACGCCAGGUUUGACCACACGCGUUAUGGCCUGAAGCCAAAGCACAGGGUCCUUCACCAGCAUCCAACCAUCAACGAUGACCUGCCCAACCGCAUCAUUUCAGGCAGGGUGCGGGUGAAGCCGAAUAUCCAGGAGUUCACAGAGACAUCUGCCAUCUUCGAGGAUGGCACCAGGGAAGACAUCGACGUUGUAGUUUUUGCCACAGGAUACAGCUUCUCCUUCCCAUUCCUUGAGGGCUUUGUGAAGGUGGUGCAGAACCAGAUCCCCCUCUACAAAUUCAUGUUCCCCCCUGACCUGGAGAAGCCAACGCUGGCUUUCAUCGGCUUCAUCCAGCCCCUGGGUGCCAUCAUGCCCAUCUCCGAGCUCCAGUGUCGCUGGGCCACUCGCGUCUUCAAGGGUCUGAACGAGCUGCCCCCGCGGCACGACAUGGAGGCUGACAUCAAACAGAAGAAAGAAGCGAUGGCAAAGCGGUACGUGAAGAGCCAGCGGCACACCAUCCAGGUGGAUUACAUCCCCUACAUGGACGAGCUCGCCUGCCAGCUGGGGGUCAAGCCCAACCUGCUCACCCUCUUCCUCACGGACCCCAAGCUGGCUCUGGAGGUGGCCUUCGGUCCCUGCACGCCGUACCAGUACCGGCUGCGGGGCCCGGGUGCGUGGCCGGGUGCCAGGGAGGCCAUCCUGACCCAGCAGCAGCGCAUCUUCAAGCCCCUGCAGACACGGCACGUGGAGGAACGUCCCUCAGCCCUCGCUAUGCCCCUCAUCUUCAAGGUGGUCGGGGCCAUGGCCAUCCUCGCUGCUGUUUUUGCUUACUUUUAGGUGCCCUGCAAGCAUGGGAGGGGAGGGUUUGCAAUGUGCCAAGGGGCUGGCCGGCCACCCCUGCCCCAUAGCAGUCUGUGCACCCCAGUGCUGGCAGAAACCCCUGCCUAGCACGGCCCCAUUGUGACCACACCAUGAGCUCGGGAUGCACAGAAUCUCCCCAGCUGCCAAAAUAAAGCUUGGACCCCUGUGCUGUGCCUCUCCCUGUGGAGCUGCUGUCAGGGACAGAGAAAGAAA